AUGAACGGAUCACAAACGGCAUGGAUGCCUUGGAGCAAGGCCGCGGCCUUCCGGUUGAAGGCUGGCGACCUGGGCAAGUUGCACGAUUCAUUCUCGGAUUUGACUAUGAGUGAUGGCUUUCAUCCCCGCGAAUCCAGGUGUGGUCUUGGUGGCGGCGAGAAAAUGAAGUCACAUCUUCUGCUCGGGACAGCACUGCUUGCCUCCUGGGUAUCGGCUUCUAUCACUCUGCCCCGAGCAUGGAUGACUUAUAAUCCUGAUGACAGCAUCAAGAAGGAGAAGUUCAGAGGGGAAACGAGGUAUUUGACAUGGAUGGCCGAUUCGCAAAUCAAGCGAGGUGUUGCUCCGACGAAUGCAUACACCACUUCUGCUUUCUAUUCCGGUGUCAUGCUGGCUUAUAAUCGGACUGGCGAUGCGAAGUACUUGGACUACGUCAAUCGCCAGAUUGAUAUGCUUUUAUAUCCCGCGUGGGAUGGAAGCAUAGUCCUCUACAACGGGAGCAACUCGAUUGACGAUAUUCGCAUCGGUCAUAGUUUCCUCGACAUCUACGAAGCGACCGGGAAGGAUAUCUACUUGCAAGCAGCCCAGCUCCUGAAAGACCAAAUCGACAGCUCCAGACGAACAGCAGCCGGAGGCUUCUUUCAUCGCUAUCCGGACUACGUGAACCAAAUGUGGCUGGACGGGAUCUACAUGCUGGACGUCUUCUACGCACGCUGGGCAUCCAAAUUCGAACACGGCAACACCACAGCCUGGGACGACAUCGCCAACCAGUACGAUCUCAUCGACGCGGGCACCACGUCCCACAGAGCGACUCUCGGCCUCCCCGUGCACGGUUUUGAUUUCUCCAAGAGAGCCGUGUGGGCCGAUCCCGUCACCGGUGCGGCGCCACACGUGUGGAGCCGUGCCGUCGGCUGGUACAUCAUGGCCUUGGUCGACACCCUGGACUACUUCCCGGCCUCGCACCCCGGCCGGGCCCGCCUCCUGAGAUACCUGCAGUCGGUCGCCGACGCCGUCGUCGCGGCGCAGGACCCGCGGACGAAGGGCUGGUGGGUCGUCAUGACGCCCGGCUGGGAGGGGAAGCCGGGAAACUACGUCGAGAGCACGGGGACCAGCAUGUUCGUGUACGGGCUGCUGAAGGCGCGGCGUCUGGGCUAUAUCAAGGGGGGAAGGUACAAGCGCUCGGCGCUGCAGGGCUACGCACUCAUGACGGAAACGUUUGUCUCGGAGGCGGAGCCGCACGGGGGGGUGGAUCUGGACUGGGCCGUCCAGACGGGGAGUUUGAGCUCGAAUGGGACCUUCGAGUACUACGUCUCGAUACCGAUCUUCCAGAACGAUCUCAAGGGCGUAGCUCCCUUCAUGUUUGCGGCGUUUGAGUACGAGCUGCAAAUGUGA